AUGGAAACCGUUCGAAGAGAGACAAAAAUCGUAAGUAAGAUUAUAAUGUGGGAAAAAAGUCUAUUGACCUGUCAGAUCAAAUGGCUGCAUACAAUAACCCAUUACGGAAAUGGUACCGAAAAUUAGAUUUCGAACUUUUACUGAACACUGUUGUGAAUUCGUUCUUUAUAUAUCAAGAAUCAACAGGCCAAAAAAUGUGUAUCACAACAUAUCGCAAAAAAUUAAUUGAAGCACGUAGAAGGACGAACAAAUCGACACACGUACAAAACCUCGGCAUCACUUGGAAAAAAAGGAAGGCAGUGCGUAUAAAGUUAGAAGAUACCGCACCGUAUUAUAUUCUUUUCCUUAAAGCAUUGACCAAACAAAAACCGAUGUCGCCUAAAUUAAAUGUUCAGUCUUACAAGUAUGCAAGGACCGACACGCGCGCGGGAAUAACAUGA